CCACCUGUGGCCGGGGAGGACACAACAGGUGGUGACACGUGGCCCCGUCUGUGUGGGUGGCACAUAGGUGUGGGCAGCUCAGCUUUUCCCCCCGCAGUGCCCCUGACCAGUCUUCCCUGCAGGAGGCCAUGGACGGGGCCCCAUCCUGACAGCCUGCGUGCCACCACAGGAGUGGCUGACACAGCGACACAGCAAGAUGACCAUGGAGCCCAGGGACAUCCUGGUUCUGCUGCCCACCCAGGAGCAGCUGCGGCUAGCUGUGGGGGUGCGGGCCACUGGGCGUGAGCUCUUCCAGCAGGCGUGUGACACGGCCAACCUCAGAGAAGCGCGCUUCUUCGGCCUCAGCGUGGUCAGAAACAGCAGGUACGUGUUCCUGGACUUGGAGCGGAGGCUCAGCAAGUACUUCUCCGAGGACUGGAAGCAGGAAGGGCCCCGACGCAGCGGGCGGCCCCACGUGCCCUUCAUCGCCUUCCUCAUGCAGUUCUACGUCGAGGACGGGAGACUCAUAAGCGACUGGACGGCCAGACCUCUGCACUACUGUCACCUGAAGGAGCCGGUGCUGAGGUCCCAGUGUGUCCACCGGGAGGAGGCCUGCUUCCUGCUGGCCACCUACGGGCUGCAGGCCGACCUGGGCGACCACCGGGAGCCGGUCCACGUGGGGCGGUACUUGAAGCCGCACGCCUACUUCCCACUGUGGAUCACUGCCAGGCGGGGCAGUGCCUACGUCCUGCAGCACGUGCCCGCCCGCGCCGUGAGCAGCGGGGCCUGACCCCGCGGAGCUGUGCCGCGCCUCAUCAGGGACGCGUGCCGGCUCGAGGACGUGCCCGUCCGCUUCUUCAGGCUCUACAAGGUCAAGCUCUGGUGGAGCUGGGACUACAGGCCGCCUCAGAGCUCCCACUGCCCCAAGGCCCCAGGGGACAGAGCCCAGGGGGCAGCCAGGACGCUGCCCCAGGACGGGGUGGACAGUGUCCUCACAGCUGGCCUGGGACCCGGGCAGAGCGGGGGCCGGGGCCGCAGCCCUGUUGGGCCUCCCUGUGCUCAGAGCUGUCGCACCGGGCGCAGGGGUGAAGGAGCUGGUCUGCUGCGGGGACCGGUUCUGGUGUUUUCCGGCUGGGCCGCCCAUGGUGCUGUCCUCUGGGACCAGCUCUCUGUGGUCUGGCAGGAUCGGAACCACGCCCCAGAGCUGCUCUAUGACUUCCCCUGGUCCUGCAUUGGGAAGGUGACUUUUCUGGGGAAGAAGCCUAAGCCUCGACCAGAGGGGCUGCUGUCAGCGCGGAAGCUGGUCUACUACUCGGGCUGCCCCUGGCGCUCCGGCCACCUGCUGCCGCUGCUUGGGGCCAGCCACCAGCGGCACCCGGGCCUGCGGCCCGCGCUGUGCAGCCUGCGGUGGCGGGAGGAAGCCCGAGAGAAGAAGCACUAUCGCGAGUCCUACAUCAGCGACAUGCUGGGGCCAGACCCAAACCCGGGCAGCAGGGACACGCCAGCCUGCGGCUCCAGCGCAAGCCCCAGCAGCCACUGCACUGACGAUGACAGCCGGGACAGGCCUGAGCGGGACGCCCAGGGUCGGGCCAAUGCCUCCAGCCCGGGGCCCUUGACGGUCGUGCAGGUCACACUGAUUGGGACGAGGGCCGGGAGUACCGAGGCCCUGUACCAGGUGGGUUCCCCAGCCAGGCAGCCCCGGGCUGGGCUCCUGUACCCUCUGGAGGCCCCCAGGGAGAGAGCCCUAGACCUGCCAUCAGGCCAUGGCGGGGGCAGACCCACACCGCAGCAGCCUGCCCCCCGCCCCGCCGGGAACGUGUGCAGCAAGGUGCCCAACAGCCUCUGCCUGGUCCUGUGCGGGGACGGCCAGCUCCCAGAGGAGUUUGUGGUGUAG